ACCGCGUGUACAAUAAUAUGGAUGGACUUUAAACAAGGACUACUUGUCUGUAGGUUUUUCCAAAUGAUUUAUACAGCUAAAAUGUGUAACAGCGCGUAUGUAUAACCGCUCGGCCCUGCCUUAAAGCAUCUUCAGCUACUGAGGGGAAAAAAAGAUGCCGCUGUAAAACUUUUCAGUGCUAACGAGAGAAAGGGAGAGAAUUGACACGAUGGGUGAGGACGAUAAAACGGAGUGAAGAACUUUUCUUACGGCCCUUCGUCAUCAAGGAGGAUGAGCAUGAUUACAUAGAUACCAUCUUUUAUUGGUUCAAGGAAAAGAGACACAAGUUUUGGGCGAAGUAUGGCGCGAGAGACCGGAGAGUCUGGAGAAACGAAAAGUACCAAAGUGAAAAAGCAUAAAAGAAGGAAAAGCAAAAAGGAGAGCAAAACCAGGAUUGUACACGUCAACAUUUUGUAUGACCAUACCAAAGGAGGGGAUAACCCCAACAGACACUAUGCAAACAAUAAGAUCAAAACCACAAAAUACACUCUGCUUUCUUUCCUACCGAAGAACCUCUUCGAGCAAUUCCACCGAUUUGCCAACGUGUAUUUUGUUUUUAUAGCCUUACUGAAUUUCGUGCCUGUGGUCAAUGCUUUUCAACCAGAGUUGGCUCUUGCCCCUGUGGUUUUUAUUUUGUCCGUUACCGCUAUUAAGGAUUUAUGGGAAGAUUACAGACGACACCGCUCGGAUAAAGAAAUAAAUCAUUUGGACUGUCUCGUUUACUGCAGGAGUGAGAAACGGUAUGUGGAGAAAUACUGGAAAGAGGUGCGGGUCGGAGACUUUAUUCGUCUGCGCUGCAACGAGAUUCUGCCGGCGGAUGUUCUGCUGCUCAGCAGCAGCGACCCUGACCGCCUGUGUCACAUUGAGACAGCCACACUGGAUGGUGAAACCAACCUCAAGCAGAGGCAGGUGGUGCGCAGCUUUAUCGACCUGGACUGUGAGUUUGACCCAUUAAAAUACAACAGUGUUAUUGAAUGUGAGAAGCCCAACAAUGACCUCAACAGAUUUCGUGGAUACAUAAUCCAUCGCAGUGGGAGGAGAGACGGCCUUUACAAAGACAAUCUGCUGCUCAGGGGCUGCACUAUCCGCAACACAGAGGAGGCUGUAGGAAUCGUCAUCUAUGCAGGUCAUGAAACAAAAGCAAUGCUGAACAACAACGGCCCUCGUUAUAAACGCAGCAAACUGGAGCGGCAGAUGAACGUAGAUGUGUUCUGGUGUGUCAUCAUCCUUCUGGUCAUGUGCCUCUUUUCUGCCAUCGGACAUGGCCUGUGGAUGUUCCAGUAUGGAGAUAAGAGGCCUGUCUUUGACGUCCUGAGCCCAGAAGGAACAGACUUAUCUCCAGUGGUCUCAGCCAUUUAUCUCUUCCUGACUAUGAUUAUAGUUUUGCAGGUGCUGAUCCCAAUCUCGCUCUUCGUUUCCAUUGAAAUAGUGAAGAUAUGCCAGGUGUACUUUAUCCAUCAGGACAUGGAGCUGUACGAUGAGGAAACAGACUCUCACCUCCAGUGCAGGGCUCUGAACAUCACAGAAGACCUGGGCCAGAUGCAGUACAUUUUCUCUGAUAAGACCGGCACACUCACAGAAAACAAGAUGGUGUUUCGCCGUUGUACUGUGGCAGGAGUCGAGUACUCGCAUGAUGCCAAUGCAAGGAGGCUUGCUAUGUACCAGGAAAUGGAUUCAGAGGAGGAGGACUGUACAUCUCAUGGUGGAACUCUCCCACGGCGGGACAGCGUCACCAGCCACCAGAGUGGAAAAGUGGUGUUGCGAUCACAGAGCACUAAAUCCCACCGUCGCACCGGGAGCAGAGCCGAAGCCAAACGGGCCAGCAUUCUGUCCAAACACACUGCCUUCAGCAGUCCCAUGGAAAAGGACAUUACUCCAGAUCCCCAGCUCAUGGAUAAAGUCAAUGAGUGCAGCAGUCAGAUGGAGUUCAUGCGUUUUCACAGUCAGUCCCUGAACCAGAUCCCCCCUGACCUGUGUGACGUCUUUGACUUUUUCAUUGCUCUCACUAUCUGCAACACUGUGGUUGUGUCCUCACCCAAUCAACCCCGGCAGAAGGUGCGUCGCUACGAGUUGAAGUCUCCAGUGAAGACCAUCGAGGACUUCAUCAAGCGCUUCACUCCGAGCCGCCUGACCUCUGGCUCCAACAACAGCAGCUCCUCCAGUCUAGCCACCAACCGCUCGUCCUCCCAUAAAGUGGGCUGCAGCAUGCUGUCCACCCCCUCGGCCGAGAGCACGCUCACAAAGCUGAACGAGGAGAAGCGUCCGGAGCAUGACCUGCAGCAUGCCUUCAGCCCCGGCCCACCCAACUUUGAUAAAACAAAAGCUUUGGCUCAGGAUGAAUGCGAGCUCAGAUAUGAGGCAGAGUCACCGGACGAGGCAGCGUUGGUUUAUGCAGCCCGGGCCUAUAAGUGUGCUCUUGUCGGCCGUUUACCGGAUCAGGUGACCGUGGAGCUUCCACACUUGGGCAAGCUGAGCUUCGAGCUUCUGCACACACUGGGGUUUGAUUCCACAAGAAAAAGGAUGUCAGUGGUGGUAAAACACACGCUGACUGAGCAAAUCACAGUUUACACCAAGGGUGCCGAUUCAGUCAUCAUGGAUUUGAUCAGACCAGCCACAGAUGAUUGCAAAGGAAAACGACAAAGGAAAAUCUUGUAUAAAACUCAAAACUACUUAAAUCUUUAUGCUGCAGACGGUCUCCGGACACUCUGUAUCGCCAAAAAGGUUGUCAGUAAGGAGGAGUAUGCCAGUUGGCUACAACGCCACCUGGAAGCCGAGACAGCCAUACAGAGGAGGGAGGAGCUGCUUUUUGAGUCUGCAUUAGGACUAGAGACCAACCUCCAACUUCUGGGAGCAACAGGUAUUGAGGACAGACUUCAGGAUGGGGUUCCCGAAACCAUCGCCUCUCUGAGGAAAGCAGGCCUUCAGAUCUGGGUGCUGACAGGAGAUAAACAAGAGACUGCCGUCAACAUUGCCUAUGCCUGCAAACUGCUGGACCCAGAGGAGGAGAUAAUCACUCUUAAUGCUGACUCACAGGAGGCCUGUGCUGUAUUGCUCAAGAACAGUCUGCACUACAUCCAGACCAAGUUCCUUUGCAACCCUCGACCAGAUCCUCAAGCAGCUAGAGGCUAUGCUGGCAUCCACUUCUCUUCUCCGGUGUGUUCCCCGGCCUCCUCUGGCCACUCCAGCCCCUUCCUGGUGCACCGGCUAGGGCUGGUGAUCGACGGCCGGACCUUGGCCUACGCACUGGACAAGAGUUUGGAGGACAAGUUCCUGGCUGUGGCUCGAAGUUGCAGGUCCGUUCUAUGCUGUCGCUCGACGCCCCUGCAGAAGAGCAUGGUGGUCAAGUUAGUGCGUAACAAGCUCAAGGUCAUGACGCUGGCAAUAGGUGACGGAGCUAAUGAUGUUAGUAUGAUCCAAGUGGCUGAUGUAGGGGUGGGGAUCUCUGGACAGGAGGGCAUGCAGGCAGUAAUGGCCAGUGACUUUGCCCUGCCACGGUUUCGAUACCUGCAGAAGCUGCUCUUGGUUCACGGCCAUUGGUGUUACUCUCGUCUCGCCAACAUGAUCCUCUACUUCUUCUACAAAAAUGCUAUGUUCGUUGCCCUCAUCUUCUGGUAUCAGUUCUACUGUGGGUUCUCUGGGUCAGCCAUGGUUGAUCAGUGGUACCUGAUCUUCUUCAACCUGAUGUUCUCCGCAUUCCCUCAGCUCAUCACCGGCACCCUGGACAAAGAUGUGUCAGCAGAAACCCUGCAGGAGUUGCCGCAGCUCUACAUGAAUGGACAAAACUCAGAGGAAUAUAAACCCUACAUGUUCUGGAUGAACAUGAUUGAUGCCUUCUACCAAAGCCUCAUCUGUUUCUUCAUCCCUUACUUUGCUUACGUUGACUCGGAUGUGGAUUUGUUUACAUGGGGCACUCCCAUCAUCACCUUGGCACUCUUCACCAUUUUGCUGCACUUAGGCAUAGAAACCAAAACCUGGACGUGGAUGAACUGGGUGUCGAUUGGCUUCAGUAUAGCUCUCUUCUUUACUGUGGCGCUGUGCUACAAUGCUUCCUGCCCAACCUGUUUCUCUCCCUCCAACACUUAUUGGACCAUGCAGAGGCUGCUGGGAGAACCUAUAUUUUACCUGCUGUGUGUUGUCACACCUAUUGCCGCUCUUCUUCCCAGAUACUUUUAUAGAGCUUGUCAGGGAACUCUAUUCCCAAACCCUGUCCACGUGGGAAGACAACUGGACAAACUGCCAAUGGACAUGCGCAGGAUCUUCCUGAGUCAGAGCCAGAUGAAGCUGGGCUCCCUCGGGUCACUGUUUCCCCCCCGCGCCCCAUUUUUCCCUCUCUGCAGGCCCUUUCAGAAAGACUACAGGCCCAGGGUAAAGCAAGCCCACAUGAGUAGCACCGAAGAGAAGGAUAAACCUAUAUCCAGCCCCAUCCCAUCAAAGAGCAUGGAGAUGCGGGACACACCUUUAAGCUCAAAAAACUCUGACAACCAUAUCACACUCGACUUCAGAAUGCAGGAAAAAGUUCAGUCCUGCAGACAGGGCUCAGAUGGCCCUCUAUCAGAGAACUUACACUGCGUGAAGGAACCUUCGAGUCCCGCUGCAGGCACUCUGCUGUACACCAAAGACACUCCAGCCUCCAGGACUGUUUUGGAUAGCACAGGCUUGGAGGCCCCGCUGAGCCCGACAGACCUCUGUCAGAUAGGGUUGCUCACCUCCACUCCCUUGCUUCCUCAAACAGAGACUAUGCAGCUCACGACGCCACCCAGCUUUUUUGGGGGGCAAAAGCUGGAAGACGAGGACCAUUCAAACCAAAAGUCUCUACUGAAACAGGCCGAGGAUGUGGAUCACAACCAGUCAAAUAGCUGCCUACAAGAAUAUUCACUCAAAACAACAUUUCUAUGAUGCUUUCUACCUUACGCUGAUUCAAAU